GGCCGGGCCGAGCCGGGCGGCGGGGAUCGCCGCGUCCCGCACCCGCCGGGCCAGGCCUGCCCGCAGCCGGCACCGCGCCGGGACCCGCUCAGGGGUGGGCGAGUCGUGAAGGGUGUGUGGGGGGGUCCGUUCUUCCCUCCCCGCUCCCCGCCAGGAGCCGCGGCCCGCGGGACCCAGCGCCGACAGCACAGAGCCGGCCCCAGCCCUCAGCCUUCGCCAGGACCUGAGCCGCGCCGGCUGCUCCUCUCCAGGCCGUGUCACCCCGAGCAGGUCCCCAUGGAGUGACCCCACGGGGGGUCUUUGUGCCGGCGUGGUGGGGGGGAGCUGCCCACUGCCACCACCACCAUGAGCGACUUCUGGCACAAACUGGGCUGCUGCGUCGUGGAGAAGCCACAGCCCAAGAAGAGGAGGAGACGGAUCGACCGCUCCAUGAUCGGGGAGCCCAUGAACUUCGUCCACCUGACACACAUCGGCUCUGGAGACAUGGCUGCAGGCGAAGGGCUGCCCAUGACCGGCGCCGUGCAGGAGAUGAGGUCCAAGGGCGGCCGGGAGCGACAGUGGAGCAACUCCCGGGUCUUGUAGCGUAUUCCUGGCUUUUUUAGCCCAAACUUGAACUGCCCAAACCCCACCUGGAGAGGAGCCGCCGCCGAGCGAUCGGACCCCGCGGUAACUUAUGCAGAGAGCUCCUCACCCGCUGCCCGGCGCCUUCUGGUCGUCACCCCCGUCCCCAGCCAAGCCCCUGCCCCGGAGGCACCGCGGGGAGGGGCCGGGGCCGUCCCCCCCCACCUCCUGCCCCGACCCUUGUGCCUGGAGGACGCCCCAGGAGCUGCCGGGUGCAGCCAACAUGUGCCAAACCCUCCCCGUUGUCCCCUUUUGCCGCUGCUGGUCACCCCCCAGGGCCCCUCCGGGCACCCCCUCGGGGCCGUGGCGAGGCCGGUCCUGGCUCAGGGGCUGAUUUUGGGGCCGUCCCGACGAGCAAAGCCGGGGUGAAAACCCCUGACCCGGGGGUGUCUCACACUCCCCCUGCCCCCAGCCCGCGGUGCCGCCACACACCGCCGCCUUCCCUCGUUUUUUAGGAUGCAUUUGGGUGUUUUUUAGUCACAAGCCCCAGCCAGGCAGCACCAGCCACCCCGGGGGCAGCACCAGGGCUGGGGGCAGCACCAGGGCUGGGGACGGGGGGCUCAGCUCCGCCCCGGCCGAGGCAGGACGGGGCCUGAGCCGAGGAGGAGCUCGGGCUCCCGAAUUCGGGUGCGGGUGUAAAUAGUUGAAGGAGCUGCCGGGCUCUUGGGGGGGUUUCAACGUGCUGGGGGGUCCUGGCGGGCGGCUGCCGCGUCGUGCCGCGAUGUGCCGCUGAGAGCCACGACGCUCCGGCCGCUUUUCCUUCUCUUGGGGAGGGGAAAGCAACCCACCCUUGAAAUAAAAACCCUUGUGCUGGCCCCAGGA